GAAUCAUGAUUAUCGAUGAAUUUGAAUAUUGGGAGAGCUUUCCGCAAGAUUUUUCCGAUCCAUGGUUUAAAACAUUAUGUCAUGAGUAUAGAUAUUUAAGAAAAGAAGAACUGCCAAAAAGUGCCGAGUUCGGGAUCUCGUAUAAGUCAGUUUCUAUUAAUCCACAGACUUAUCUUAAAUACCUCCUAAACACUUUUAUAUCAAUGGGCGGCACCACCCAGCACGCCGAUAUUUCACAUAUAAAUGAAUGUAUUAAAAGCGAAACAGAUAUUUUGAUUAAUUGCUCUGGCAUUCAUGCCAGAACACUGAAGGGAGUUGAAGGUUCUAAUGUCUAUGCGGCAAGGGGACAACUUGUGAUCGUUCAAUCGAAUAUAAAUUGGGCUUUUUUUUAUCGAGAAAAGGCUGGAAAUAAACCAGAGGUGAUACCCCGUAGUGGUGAUGAAGUCGCUCUUGGCGGGACUUACCAAGAAAACAACUAUUCGACAGAUAUUGAUCAUGAUGCAGCUACAAGAAUUAUUCAACGAUGUCUUGCUGUUCGUCCAGAUCUCUUACCAAAAGAUCAGACUCAAUUAACAAUAAAGGGUUAUGGAGUUGGUCUCCGACCCUGUCGUAAGGGUGGUAUAAGGAUCGAUGCAGAAUGGAUCACCUCUGAAGAGUUUGACAAAAAAAUUCUCAUUUGUCAUAAUUAUGGUCAUGGCGGUGCUUGGUUCGAAUCGAGUUAUGGUACUGCUAAACAUGUGAUAAAAGUCAUGAAAGAAAUGCUACAGAUGCAUUAA